AUGAGCAGCGGCCCUGAGACGCCCGACGUUCCUGAUGGAUCGGACCAUCGUGGUGACGGUGAUGAUCAACUCGAAAGCGAGGCCGACGAUGAAGCGGGCAAUGACACCACGAUGCACGACGACGAGACAGGCAAUGACACCACCAUGCAUGACCAUGACGAUGAAGGCGGCAACGACACUACGACACAAGAUGACGAACAGGGUGGAACGGAGCAGACGUUGCAGAAUGGCAAACCCUACGCGGUAGCCGAAGAGGAUACCAACUACAGUGUCUUCUCCAAUCCCCCAGACCUCGCGCAAAUGCGCCAGCGGUUUUUCAACUUGGAAGAGCCCAUCGAGCUUGCGGUGGCCGACUUUGAAGCCUACUUUCCCUUUAUUGACAACAUCUGGCGCAAACUGAGGGCCACGGAUGCGCAGCCAGAGAACAAUGUGAAGACGGAAUACUAUGCGUGUCGACUGCGACGCGGCGCUAAUCAAAAACCUCAUGUGCCACGACCCACCCCCGAGGGCAAACAGUCGCGCAAGAAGAGAGCUCGCGAUGACAAGACGUGUGGCAUGACCAUGAAGGUGGUGUACAAUGCCGGACCGGUCGACAGCUGCACCGUUUCCCGAGCCGUCGACAAGCUCCAGAAACACUCGCACGAUCUGGACUACAUUGACUCGACCAAACGCAACUCCGGCAUCAUGGACACGGCGCGGCAAGAAGCCACCAAAGGCUUUUUGCCCGCCUCGAUCUUCUGGAAGAUGUGGGAGGAGCCCGACAAGAUGGUCGCGGCCGGCGGCAAGUUUAUGAAGGUGUCCGACGUCCGCAAUGUCCAGUACGCCUGGAGGCAGGGGAAUCAGCAGACUGUGUUGAAGGCCCAUCGAGGCUUCAAUCAGACCCGUGUGCCUCGCCACCGCCCGCCGACACCGCCCCAGCCGUUUCCUCCCCCACCGCAGGCCGGACUCUUUGGUCGACUAGAACCGGUCAAACAGCCUGUGUUGACUCCUGACCGAGCACCGGUGCCCGUGGAUACGCUCCAAUACCCCCAACAUGCAAGGGCCUUUCUCGAGCCGUACCUGCCGGAUCCCAAACUCGCCGCGGUUCGUAGCCGGCCCCAUGUCACGCUGACUUGGGCAAGCAGCCUGGACGGCCGCAUCACCCAAGUGCCCGGGGUUCAGGUCGGCAUUUCUGGCCCGGAAACCAAAGCCAUGACGCACUAUCUACGAAGUCGGCACGAGGCUGUCGUGAUCGGGGUCACCACGGCGAUCGCGGAUGACCCGGCCCUGAAUUGUCGCCUGGCCAAUCCCGUGGGAUACGGUGGCCUGCCGGUCGAACAGCAGCCUCGGCCCAUCAUCAUCGAUCCGCAUGCGCGGCUGCAUAUCCGCCCCGAAAUGAAGCUUCUCCGAACCGCGGCAGAGGGUCGUGGGAAAGCCCCGUGGGUGGUGGUAGCUCCUGGCGCCAUGCUGCAUCCUCUGGCGGUCAGCACCCUCAAAGCUCACGGUGGCGAGUACUUGAUGAUCAACGACUACCAUCCUCAAGCUGGGGGGCUCAAUUGGGGGGGCAUCUUCAACGUGCUCUUCCGAGAAGGGAUCAAGAGCAUCAUGGUAGAAGGAGGCGGCAUCGUGCUCUCGGAACUACUCAAGUUGCGCCACGCGUAUCUGCUCGACUCGGUUGUCAUGACCAUCGCGCCCACGUUCUUCGGCAAGGCUGGGGUCCCUGUCUCUCCCGACCCGACCUUCGACGCCGGCGGCCGACCUAUUGCCACGAGACUGAAGAAUGUGCGGUGGCAGCCUAUGGGGGAUUCUGAUGUGGUCAUGUGCGGCCAUCUGACGUUUGACCGACCUGCCAACGGUAUCUUGCCCGGCAUUGAGGAAUUUUCUCGCACGGCAACGGGGACACCGACUCAGCAGCAAUCACAGUCGCAGCCAUCGCCAGUGCCAAUGCCACCCGUCCCAGGACAACAACCACCCAGCCAGCAGCUGCGCCCGCGCCCGACCCAGCAAUCGCCACCCGUCGCAGCGAAAUCAGCCUCUCCGUCGCAGCCACUGACCCAACAUCGACCCUCGGCACCUCCAGCACCCUCGACGGCCUCGGCGCCGUCCAGUACCGAACCCCCCACCGUCCCUCAAGGUCAAGCAGGCCCGGGGCUAAGCUGA